CCUGCAGCCCAACGUCCACCGUCCUGCUUAGCUGCUGGUUGGCUCUGGGGAGGAGGGGCCCGGACCGUGGGGUUGGUUGCAGCGAGGUUACCUUUUCCUGUAUCACACCGGAGUUGGAUCUGGAGGAAGCUGCUGCAAAGUCUGCAGCGGCAUGGCGGGAGCUCCGGACCAGCGCCAAACUGGCCCCGCAGCAGGGGAGCAGCUGCAGCAGCCCCAAGUCUCGUGCCAAGUCUUCCCGGAACGGCUGGCCCAGGGGAAUCCCCAACAAGGGUUCUUUUCCAGCUUCAUCACCCAUAACCAGAAGUGCCAGCAAAUGCUCCUGAAGACGGUGGAAACAAAUCCAUAUGUCAAACUUCUACUUGAUGCCAUGAAGCGCUCCGGUUGUGCUGUAAACAAAGAAAGACACUUUUCUUGUGAAGAUUGUAAUGGAAAUGUUAGUGGAGGUUUUGAUGCUUCAACAUCUCAGAUUGUUUUGUGCCAGAAUAACAUCCGUAACCAGGCCCACAUGAGCAGAGUGGUCACCCACGAGCUCAUUCACGCAUUUGAUCAUUGUCGUGCUCAUGUCCACUGGUUCACUAAUGUCAGGCAUUUGGCCUGCUCAGAGGUUCGAGCUGCUAACCUUAGUGGGGACUGUUCACUUGUAAAUGAAAUAUUCAGGUUACGGUUUGGAUUAAAACAACACCAUCAGACUUGUGUGCGAGACAGAGCAAUUCUUUCUAUCCUGGCUGUUAGGAAUAUCAGCAAAGAAGUAGCUGAGAAGGCUGUUGAUGAAGUUUUUGAAUCUUGCUUCAAUGACCAUGAACCUUUUGGAAGGAUCCCACAUAAUGAGAAAUAUGCAAGAUAUGCUCAUAGAGACUUUCAAAACCGGGAUCGAUAUUACUCAAAUAUAUGAAUGACAUUUUAUAUUACAGAGCUUCAAUCAGCAUGAAGAAAAAAAUAUGAUUCUCAAGAAAACAAAUGUACAAAAAAAAUGAUCAAUUAAAUACAGAUAAAAUGCAGAAGAUACUUUAAUAUAUGAUCAGAAAGAGUAACAGGCAAAAAAUGAAAUUGUUUUAAGCCACAAGGUUAAAAUUAUGUCUUUGGAGCUAAUCAUUUGCUAAUUAGGAUGAAUAAAUUACAUUUUGUAUUUUCUACUGUAUAUUUGUAUUUUUUAAUAUUUUAUUUAUUAUUUUGAUUUAUUUUUAUUACAUGAGAUUAUUUUAAAAUCUGAUUAUGAAACCUAUGAAGUAUGCCCUUGUCUGAUGUUGAUAGGGGAUCAAAGUUGAUAUUUACAUUAAAUGUAAAGAAAAAUGAACUGAUCUCAUUGUAGGACAUUUUAAAAAAUGUUGUCAUAAUUAAAACAUGUAAAGAAUUAAAGUUGAGAAUAACUCA